GCCAUUGAAAUGCCCACAGACGGACGCAUACCGGAAGAAGUUUGAGGAAGAACAAGAGAAGAUGCGGCGGCAACAGCUGGAGGACGAACUCCGGGCGAAGAUCAAUGCGGCGAAUCAAAAGGCGAGCGAACAGGCCGCACGAGAGACGCAGCCCAAUCCGUCGAGUUCGACUGUACCGACAGCCAGCCUCAAUGACGACGAAGCACAGCUGAUACGCCAGUCGCUCAUUAUUCAAAUCGAUACGCUGACGAGCGAUCCGGCGGCCAUGCAACAAGACCUAUUUGAUGCGCUGUUACGGGAAAAGUUAAGACUGCAAAAGGGUUUUGCUCCGGCACCAUACAUAUAGAAAGCAGUCGAAGAACGUAUGGAGGAGCUGCGUAAAUCCCGCCAGACCGAGAGCAAUGUUUUACAGGCGCUCAGAGGCUUUCGACGAGACGAUGUGUUUACUCGACCCCGUUCGCCUCUGCAGAGAGAAAGGUCACGCGGACAUUCACGGGAACAUGAGCGGACUUCUGAAAGACGAAGUGAAAGGUCACGUGAACAUUCCCGGGAAAGGACACGGGAUUACCGAAGCGAAAGGUCACGCGAGCGUUCUCGCGACAGAGACUACCGUGGCGGAAGAGGAUGGGUACGCCAUGGAAAUGAGAUAACGGAGACAAGCAUCCAACGAAAAAUCGACACGGCAAAGAUUCUAGCAGCGACUAGAGGACGUGAAGAGCAACGGCGUGCGGAGUCAUACCGUACAGAGCCUGAAAAGAAAGGUCAUCAGGUGCCGUUGGAAGUUGGAUUCCGUAACCGCAACGUCAGGAUGUCAACACCCGAAAGGUCAUGGGACAAAAGACGCGAACAUACGCGAAAUCGAACGCCAGACCCACAGGAUAGACGAUGGCAGGAAAGAGCCAAGUAUUACGCGGGUUUUGAAUCUGGCGCGAGCAAAAGGUCAUCGAGCGCGGAACGGGACGAUUCGCCCCCGAAAUAUCAAAGGAUGGAAUCAACGGUCCACGUGGUGGAUCCAACCCUUAGCACCGCACAACAUGACGACCCGAUGGAAGGACCGAGUUCAAUUACAGAAGCGUCCCAAGCAAAUGUGACACACCGACGAAACAUUAUUCUGGACAGCGACCUUCAACCGCCUACACCGGCGAGUAAUGAACCGCCGCAGGCAGAAUCAGGAGAACGAAGCGCACAAGAAAGUCAGCGCGAACCGGACGAACGUCGCGAAGUCGAUCGGCGAACGACUUCCCGAUUCAAUAACCGACACCCCGAUACAAUUGAUAUGGUAUAUGAUAUGCGCGACACUGAUGAACAAAAGACGGAAAUCUGCCGAUACAUGGGGAUUGAAGACGAUUCGGCGGAUGCGAAUAAGAUCCAUACAAUUCUGAACCAGCUGCGUCAAUUUUUAUUCGACUCGGGCUAUGCGAAAGAAAUUAAAGAGGGAGUGGAACAAGGAAGUUUCCGUCAAUUAUACAUUCCCCGCGACUCAGCAAGGGAUUGUUACCUCCCUAUCCGACGAAACGGAUUACAUAGCCUGUUGGAUCUGAAUUUGUUGGACGUGCCACUGGAUACGACUGACCCAAUCGGGAUGACACAAUUCUGUUACAGAGAUUAUCCCGAACGACAAGAAUAUGUCGCUCAGUUUGUAUUACGACACGUGAAUCCAGCCUUCAAGUUGCUUGCAGCAAGAGCAUCGAUCGGGUUACAAGUGGAUCCUAAAGAUCAUGCCGCAAGAAGGAUGGGGCAAAAGGUUUUCGCUGCAAGAUUGGCACAUUAUAAGACCCAUAACCAAUUGGUGUCCAAUACCAUGAAGGACGACAUCCCACUACUCUUCCGACCUCACGUGGCGAAAUUGGGCGAACCCAUGGAACAUGUUGGAAUAGCCCAUACGGCAAGAAAGGCGUUGAAAAAGUGCAAGAUACGUAUGGAAAAGGGCAAUCUUACACAACGCCAUGCCUCCCAGGUAGAAGAGAGGGUUAAUAAGAUCAAAGACACCAUGGGAAGUGACUACGUCGACCCCUUCGACGGAGUUGAAAUGUAUAUCGACGAAUUCCUUGUGAAGAAAAGCGAUCGGCGCCCAGAACGCGCCCCUAACCAGCUUGGACGACGUGGUCUGCGGAACCAGCAGCUCCGGGAAAAUCUCGCCGAUGUACAGCGUCGACUAGCAGAUGACCCCGACAAUCGAAGACUGCGACUGGAAGAAAAUGACGCACGCCAUCGGGUAGAGGCGGUUAAACGCAGUCGCCAAGGGAAAGGUCGCGGUCAGCGAGAAGUUGAUCCGGAAAAGGUCAUGGCAGUUGAUUCCACGGAACCAGUUGACCGUCUGUCUGACCGUAACCAACCAGAAAGCUCUAAGAAGCGCCCGCCAAGAGAUGGCGAGGACGAUUUAAAUGAAAUGGAAUAGUGUUGAUCGUUAGGAUCACACUAUUAAAAGGGCGUCUACGGCAAUUGUCGCAUUUAUAGCACAGAAUCAGAAAGGAUAAAGAAAUCAUGGGGAGCAUCGAUUGGGGUUGAAAUUGAUUCGGUCUAUAAAGCCGGCCCCAAGGGAGUUAUUACGACAAUUAGCCGGCUCUCCUCUUUAAGCGAUUCAGUGUUAUAAAUUUGCAAGAGAAACUACGGUAAUCAAGCCGGAUCUCUUGAAUACGAAAGGGGGCCACAAGCGGCGAAAAAGAGAAAGACAACAGGUGGAAAUUUUGAUGGGGUAAACUUGAUGCGGCAGUCAGCCGGCCUCAUUAGAGUUGCUACGGCAAACUAUGCCGGCAAUCUCUCUAAGCGAAUUAGUGUUAUAAGUCAACGAGAGAAAUAGCGGUAAUCAAGCCGGAUCUCUCGUACCGAAGUUGGGCCACAAGCGGCGAACAAGAGUCAAAGAUUUAAUGUGGAAGCAUCGUGGGGUAAAUUUAAUGCGGUAGUUAGCCGGCCCCAUCGGAGAUGUUACGGUAAACUCUGCCGGCACUCUGGCCGCUCGAGGCAUAUUGAAGUUGGAUGUGCGACGGAAAGGUCAACCUGCAAGUUCUACCAGGGAGGCAAGCGAAGAAGUGCUUGAUGGCCGCAGAAAAUUGGCUAGGUUCCUCCAUGACCUUUAAUGGAAGUUGAAGAGAAGUUAGAUGACCUUUGGGAUCAUCAAUUGCCCAAUAGAGUCAUUGUAUUGGAAUUCAAGUCGCAUGACCUUUUGGGACCAUUAACCCAAAAUGUGUCGCACAUCUCAACGGAUCAUCUCAAUACAGGAUGACCUUAACCAGGGAGGAAGCGAACUACGCUUGUCUACAUGACGUCCCUCCAUGACCUUUAAUGGAUCUCAUUUGAAAGUCGUACAAUUGAUACGCACCGUAUUCCAAAGAUUGAAGCAGUAUUCCUAAGUCGUACUUGAUACGCACCCGAUUCUCAAGCUGAUUGUGAUGAAAGUCGCAUUACACAUGCGCGGGAUUGCUCAACAGAGCGGAAUGGGCCAAAGUGCGGAAAACGGUGGACAGGACCUGUGACCUUUACGAGUCAGAAAUGGAGGAUCCUAGUCUACAUUUGAUUAAUACUUUUGUUGAUCUUAUAACUGUUGAUCUGUUUUUGUAUUAAAAUUGA